AGCAGAGCAGGAAGCUGUGUGUGUCUACGUGCCAGUCACCUCGUCCUCACCGCCUAUCUCAGCCGGGAGUAGGCGGAAGCGAUGCUUCACUGACUCUCACGCCGAGAGCUACUUGACGACUAAAGGUAUCAAAGGACUUGUGCAAAAUGAGGGGAUUUUUCCAAAUGUUGAAGAAGAAAAAAGAGCUGAUCCCGCUGAUUGGGUUCAUGGCUUUCGCCGCGACGGGAGCCACCACGGCAUCUAUCUACUUUCUUUUCACCAAAUCUGAUGUCAUUUUGAAUAAGACCUCCAAUCCAGAACCGUGGGAGAGAGUGGAUCCAUCCCAGCCCCAAAAGCUCAUCACCAUCAACCAGCAGUGGAAGCCAGUGAAGGAGCUGGAGUUGGUGAAAAGUCUCAGCAAGUGAAAGGCACUCUGACCAAUCCUGACCUCGAGCGCCGCCCUCCUUCCCCCACCCACCAGUUGAACAGAAUCCUUUGCACACCAACUCAUUUUUGUAGAUAGUGUGCGGAAACGCUUCUGUCUGCUCUUUAGCUGCGCGACUGUUAGCUAGGUCGACCGCAAGAAUCGCCCGCAAAUCAUGCUGACAAGAAGUAGCUCACACAGUAAAUGUGGCUGUACAAACUAGUCAAAAUGGGACACCUGCAGUGAAUAAUGUACUGUACGAUAUUUGAGUGCUCAUAAAUUAUGUAUUCAAUGAACUGUUGACUAUUACUGGUCAGCUAUGCCAACUAUACCAAUGCCUGGAUAAUAAUGUAUUGAUCUUGCUGGUUAGUCAUCGUUGCCACCAUCCAAACAUACUCUUCAACCUGUUUAUGGAUAAGUGAGCUGCCAAAUUCCACCCAAAACUAUUUGCUUAAUGAUGGAGGACGAUCAUCACGUUGCCAAAGCCGGAACUGUUGCCUCAUCAAUGAUUCAUUGCAUCACAACGGAGCUUUCAGGAUAUCACUUUCAUUUCUGCGUUGUAUUUUCCCUCUUGCGUUGAGUAGCUGCCUCCGAGCGUGUCACGUCAUGUUGUAAAAAGAGGAAGUGCUGAAGGUUCCGAAAUGUAUUGGAAAGAUUCUUCAUCUACUUCGGAGGUACAUCCAUCAAGCUACACCGGCUGCAGCUGAAAUGUUAUUUAGGGAAACAAUAGCAGAGGAGGAAGGAUGUAAAGUGCUGGAAGGAAUUUGCGGUCUUGUUGAGCGUGUCACACGUAAGGUGGCUUGAUCAUGACAGUUAUUGACUAGUGGUCAGCUAUUUGAACAACAACAUUACCAAGGUCGAGCUAGCAAUUUUAGACCUUAUUAUUCAGCUUUGUGGAACACUACACAGUUUCCAUUAUACAACAAAUUUUUAUAUAAUAAGACUUUAUUAUUCAUAUAUAUGAACCACCACACUACCCAUAUUUAGAUAUCAGUGAGUAUUCAUCGGCUAUGUGAAUCACUAUACUAACAUUUUCUAGAUAAUAGUUUUAAUGAAUCACCUAUGUGAACCACUAUAGUCACAUCCUCCUGAUAAUAUAGGCUUUAUCCGCCAUCUUUGUGAGCCAUUACUACCUUUUUAGAUCAUUAUAGAAAGUCAUCUGUGUGCACUACUAAUUUCUAGAUAAACAUGGACUUUAUUAACCAGCCAUGUGAAUUCUUAUAGGACAUAUUUCUAGGCAAUGCCAACCACUACACUACCAAUUUCUUGACACUAAUAGUAUAUAUUUUAUUGGCUAUGUGAACAUUACACUACGAAUUAUAGACUAUCAGCCAUCAAUAUGCACCACUCCACAAGCACUUUCCAGUUAAUAUAAAUUGAGCUAUGUGAACCACUAUAUUACCAUUUUCUUGAUAAUUAGACUUUACUGUAUAUGUAUUAUCCUAUAUACGUCAUGAGUAAACUGUGAUAAAACAGUACUUGAAUUGGA